GGACCGUAGCAGCCGCGGGAUGUCCGCGGCGUGGCGGAGGCGGGGGCCACGGCCCGACCUUCGGGGUCUUCCGUCUCCCUAGCUCGGGCCGCGCUGCGUGUUCUCCGGCAGGGCUCGUGGCACACCUAGGACCGCAGGCUCCCGCCCCCAGCCAUGUCCACAGUGGAGGCUUCGGCCACGGCGGACGCCGUCGAGGCGGCCGUCAGGACCAAGACCUACAGUCCCCGCACGAUCCCGGUGUUUGGGGUAGUGACCCAGCAUGAGGAUAGUCAGGGUAUUUUCAAGCCCAUGGACCUUAAUCAUAUCAUCAAACUCCUUGAAGAGACUGAUAAGGAUGACUUAGAAGAAAAACAACUUGAUUGUGUCAAGAAACUGGUGCACUGUUAUCAGAAUGGAUUUCCUCUAAGGGACCUAGCACAGGUGUUUAAAAUCCUGGGACUGUGUGCAGAUAAAAUUGAAAGGCAGCCCUGCUUUGUGGAACCUGCAUCUGAACUCAUAAAAUUGUGUGGCUUGCCAUUUUUGAAAAAGAAAGUAUCGGAUGAAAUAACUUACACUGAAGAUACUGCUAAUUCGCUUGCACUUCUGGGUGAAUUAAUGAAAAUACCAAGUUCUAAGUUAAGGAUACAAAUUUGUAAGUGUAUUAUUGACUUCUAUCAUGCAGAACCACCAAAAAAGCAUAUUCCAGGCUACCAGCAGGUUAGCUCAUCAUACAAGAUUAAGAUGGCUGAAGUCGGAGGAUUGGCAAAAGCCAUGGUCCAGUCCGUGCUCCUACUUGAAAACCAGCUUGUUGAGAAACUUUGGGUUCUUAAAGUUCUGCAGCACCUCUCGACUUCCGAAGUCAAUUGCACCUUAAUGGUGAAAGGUCAAGCAGCCAGCAGAAUCUGUGCUCGCCUCAAUGACCCAGAUCCCUCAGGACAGCUUCUGUUUCGUUCAUCAGAAAUACUUUGGAAUUUAUUGGAGCGAUCUUCAAAAGAGGAAAUUAUACAACAGCUCAGUAACUUGGAAUGCCUGCUGGCCUUGAAGGAAAUAUUUAAAAAUCUGUUUAUGAGGGGCCAUAGUCAUUAUGACCGUCAGCUUAGAAAUGAUAUAUUAGUUAUCACCACAAUUAUAGCUCAGAACCCUGGAGCACCAAUGAUUGAAUGUGGCUUUACCAGAGAUUUGAUCCUGUUUGCAACUUUUAAUGAAGUUAAAAGUCAAAAUCCUUUGGUAAAAAAUCUUAAGCUUUCUAAUUCCUAUGAAGAUUUUGAGUUGAAGAAAUUGCUAUUCAAUAUAAUUGUGAUCUUAUGUAAAGAUUUAACUACUGUGCAGCUAUUAAUCGAUGGUAAUGUUAUUUUGGCUUUGUUUACCUAUGUCAAAAAGCCUGAGAAACUCAAGAUUGUCGAGUGGUCUGCUGCACAGUAUGAAGAACUGCAACUGCAUGCGAUUGCCACCUUGUCUUCAGUGGCUCCGUUGCUAAUAGAGGAAUAUAUGGCAUGCCAGGGCAACGCUCGGAUCCUUGCCUUUUUGGAAUGGUGUGAGCACGAAGAUUCCUUCUUCAUUCACGGUAACAGUUUUCAUGGCACAGGUGGCCGUGGGAACAAGUUUGCACAGAUGCGUUAUACUUUACGACUCCUCAGAGCCAUGGUUUAUCUGGAAGACGAGACUGUGAACACGGAUCUUUGUGAAAGGGGGAUUAUUCGCCAACUGAUAGGUAAAAUACUGCACGGCAGCUCACAGGAAUCUUUAAAAAUAUGGCAAGCAAGCCUGAUGAAAAGGAAGAGGCCAUUGCCUUGGAGAUCCAGUCCGACACAUUGCUCAUCUUGUCAGGGCUCUGUGAGCAUUAUAUCGAAAGGAAGCUCUCUUCCACAGGAAAUGUUUGGAACUGAAGGAGUUGACAUAAUUCUUUAUGUAAUGAAAACAGACCCCAAGAAGUUACAGAGUGGCUUAGGCUACAAUGUGCUUCUUUUCAGUACGUUAGACAGCAUUUGGUGCUGCAUUUUGGGAUGUUAUACUUCUGAAGAUUAUUUUCUUGAAAAGGAAGGGAUUUUUCUCCUUUUGGAUAUAUUGGCAUUGAACCAAAAGAAAUUCUGUAAUCUGAUACUUGGAAUAAUGGUUGAAUUUUGUGAUAAUCCCAAAACCUCUGCUCAUGUCAAUGCUUGGCGAGGGAAGAAAGACCUAACUGCUGCUAGUCUUUUAAUUAAACUGUGGAGAAAGGAGGAAAAGGAACUGGGAGUAAAACGUGAUAAAAAUGGCAUGAUUGUUGAUACAAAGAAACCUCUGUUUACUAGUUUUCAAGAAGAACAAAAGAUCACACCCCUGCCCGCUAACUGCCCAUCUGUUGCAGUUAUGGAUGUCGCUGAGAAUAUCAGAGCAAAAAUUUAUGCUGUGCUGGGAAAACUGGAUUUUGAAAACUUACCUGGCCUAUCUGCUGAAGAUUUUGUCACCCUCUGUAUAAUACAUAGAUACCUUGAUUUUAAAAUUGGAGAAAUAUGGAAUGAAGUAUGUGAAGAAAUAAAAUUGGAAAAGUUAAGACUAGUCACGUCAGAUAAAAUGUCUUUGGAAUCUAUUACAGCAGCAACAGAAAAUAUUGGAAAGAUGGUUGCUUCCCUGCAAAGUGAGAUGAUUGAAAGCCAAGCACGCCAAGAUGUGCAAAAUGAACAAAGAGUAUAUGCAAAAAUACAGGCCACACAUAAGCAAAGAGAACUGGCUAACAAAUCCUGGACAAACUUCUUGGCUAGAACAUCAAAUGCUAAAACAUUAAAGAAAGCAAAAAGGCUCCAGGAAAAGGCUAUAGAAUCCUCUAAAUACAGUGAACGACCACAAAAUGCAAUAUUUCACCAAACAGUUAUUAAAGGUCUUAACACAACGGUACCUUCAGGUCGGGUGGUGACGGUGGAAAGCACUCCUGCCCGGUUACUGGGGGGACCUCUUGCUGACACAGACAUCGCUCUCAGAAAACUACCUAUCCGAGGAGGAGCCCUGCAGCGGGUCAAGGCGAAGGCUCCGAAUGAGCCAAAGAAGAGCGUCCCCACACAAAGUGCUCCAGAACCUUCUUAAAAUAUUCUACCUAUAAC